AUGACUACUGUGUCCAUCAAUAAACCCAACCUGCUGAAAUUCAAACAUGUUAAGAGCUUCCAACCUCAAGAAAAAGACUAUGGACCCGUAACCUCAUUGAAUUUCGACGAUAAUGGCCAGUUCCUACUGACCUCUUCUUCCAACGAUACAAUGCAAUUGUUCAGCGCCACGAAUUGCAAAUUUCUGGACACGAUAGCAUCUAAGAAAUACGGCUGUCAUUCUGCUAUCUUCACGCACGCACAAAACGAAUGUAUCUAUUCUUCUACAAUGAAAAAUUUCGACAUUAAAUACCUUAACCUGGAAACAAAUCAAUAUCUAAGAUACUUCUCCGGACAUGGCGCCCUAGUGAACGACUUAAAGAUGAACCCAGUGAACGACACAUUUCUAUCGUCAUCGUAUGAUGAAUCUGUCAGGCUUUGGGAUUUGAAAAUUUCUAAACCACAGGUAAUUAUUCCAAGCCUCGUACCAAAUUGUAUCGCAUAUGAUCCAAGUGGUCUUGUCUUUGCCCUGGGGAACCCAGAAAAUUUUGAAAUUGGGCUAUAUAAUUUGAAAAAAAUCCAGGAAGGUCCUUUCCUGAUAAUCAAAAUCAAUGAUUCCACUUUCAGUCAAUGGAAUAAACUAGAAUUCUCUAACAACGGGAAAUAUUUAUUAGUUGGCUCCUCGAUUGGCAAACACUUAAUUUUCGACGCAUUUACAGGUCAACAAUUAUUUGAACUAAUAGGAACAAGGGCCUUCCCGGUGAGAGAAUUUCUAGAUUCUGGAUCUGCUUGUUUCACACCAGAUGGUGAAUUUGUCCUUGGAACGGAUUAUGAUGGUAGGAUUGCUAUCUGGAAUCAUUCUGAUUCAAUAAGUAACAAGAUACUAAGGCCGCAAGGAUUUAUUCCCUGUGUUUCUCAUGAGACUUGUCCCAGGUCAAUUGCAUUCAACCCUAAAUAUUCGAUGUUUGUUACAGCAGACGAAACAGUAGAUUUUUACGUAUACGAUGAAUGA